GCAGUUGGACGAUGCAUCACGCUCUGUGUUCAAGGAGAAUGUGCGACUCAACGAAGCUCUGAAAUAUCACAUAAAGGAGGCGCAGGACCUGCAGAAACUCACAGACUCACUGGGAAAGCAAAAUGCCUCGCUGGCCCUGGACAAGAAAACCUGCGAGUUGAUGGUAAAGAAGAAUGCAGCUCAGAUGGCAGCCCAGAAAGAUGAGCUAUCUAAACUAAGGGCCAAGGUCAUGUCCCUAGAGAAAGCUCUGGGCCCAAAGGGCAGGGAACUCCAGCAAGAGGAAAAGGAGGAGAAGAUGCUGGUCAGAAACCAGGUCGAGCUGGAGAAGCUCCAGAAGGUGCUCUGCGUGCGAGAGAGAGAACUGGGGCACAUCAAGCGGCUGGCGAGCACUAUUGUGGAGCAGCGUACGGAGCUGGAGCAGUUCUUCCACGAGUCACUGGCUCAGGUGAAGCAGGAGAUCACAGCCAGCAGGCUGCAGUACAAAAAGGAGGCUGUCAAGGCUUAUCGCUGGAGGCUGAGAGAAGCCACAGCAGGAAAGCUAAAGUUCCCACCCAUCCGCACCUUCCGUAAAAGCCCUCACAGUACCAACUCUGUCUAUUCAGACAUGGAGGCAGCCGCGACGUGGACACAUCAACCAGGCAGCAAAGUUGAAAUCUCAGACCUCACUUGGGAGCAGAGGGAACAAGUGCUCAGGCUCCUCUUUGCUAAAAUGAAUGGGCAGAGGGAAAGGAAAGUCAGCCAACAUCUGGCUUUGUCUGCCUCCGCUGAGAAGAAGAGCCUCGUGGACAGCGAUGCUGCUGGAAUUAGAGAGGAGCUCUCCCCGGCAACCUUCAUCACCCAGGCGCCUGAGUCCGCUCUACCCUCGAACCCUAACAGCCUGCCGAAUAUACACACCACAUGACCUCCGUGUGGCCUCUACAUUGCACAUCACACUCUGGAUUGUUUGCCUCUUGCUCUGUGCGCUUCCCACAAGAGUGUCAUCAUGUGUUUUUGUUUGUGUUCAUUAUAAAUAUCUUUCCAUGCGUGUAUAUAUGGUGUGAGUUGCCUCUUUGAAUUCUGUUAUAACAUGUUUAAAAAAGAAAAUAUCACAAGUCGAAACCUAAG